CGCGAACCUCGAAGCUCGAAGCUCGCUGGCGAGUGUAGGUGCCUUCUGCUGGCGUGGCUGCCGCGGCCCUUCUGCCGCAGUUUUUUUUGUUGCCUCGGUCCAGUGACCGCCCGGGGGCCGCGCGGGCGCGGUGCUCCUCCCGAGCCGCCCGCGUGGGCUCCGUGAUGCCGAUGGGGGGCGUCGGCCGCGCGGCGGCGGCGCCCUCUGCGGCGCACCGGCCCGGUGGCCGCGGCGCGGCCGUGCCGCCAGUGGGCCUGCGGGGCGCGCUGGCGGGCCCGCCGGCGCUGGGCAGGUGCUGGCCGCCGCGCUCGGCGCCCGCGCCGCGCCCGCCGCGGGCCGCGUGGGGGUCCUCGCUGUGGCCCUGCGGCAUCGGCGCCGCGGUCGGCGCCGGCGCCGGGGCGCGCUUCGCCGCGCAGGGCGGGGCCCGGGCCUCGCUCGCGGCGGCCGCCGUGCCGCAGCCCGGCGCGCUCCAGGAUGCGCUCCAGAGCAUGCGCAGCGAGGAAGAGGUGAUCUCGACCAGUGCCAAGUCGUUCCACCUGAGCUGCUUCGUGGGGACCCAAGUGCGUGCUCGUCCUGAUUCGCCGCUGGAGAAGAGGAUGGUGCAGGGAGUUCUCUUGCUGGAGGCGGGCUACGGGAGAGGUGCCUACACUAACAAAAGUACUGGAGUCUCCAUCACAUUGACCUGUGGACUUCGGGUGCUGGGGAACAAGUUCGGGGCCUUAUGGAGGAAUACGGUCUUGUACUUCUGGGGCUUCGUAAUAAGGUGGGACUUGGUUCCGCCAGAAGAGAAAUCGUCGGACAGGAUUUUCUGGAACUUUGAGGCCAUGAAGUUCUCGGAGGGGAGGGAGCUCUUCUUCUCUCAGUCGUCUGCGGCCCUGAGGGAGCGGCAGGCGGACCUUGAAAAGGCGAUGAAGGAGGGCAUGCCAGAUAAAUACUUUGAGAUUUUUAACGGCAUCUUGCAGGAGCACGCUGGCAGUAUUUUCGGAGGUUUUAGUUCUUCCUGGUCCAACAAGGACCUCAACAAUGCUUUCCCGUUUACCUCGUGGGCACUGUUGGAGCAGGUUCCAGUUGAUUCGUGGAGUGUGGAAUUGAGAGAGGCCUUUGAAACUAAGGAGCUACUGUAUGUAGAGUGCCCGAUUGGCGGCAUUGGCGAGAUUCUCACUGCUCUUUUUGCCGAGCUUCCAGUUUACGAACGCAAGCAGUUCGACUACAUGGGGCGGCUCACGGCUUAUGCGAAUCCUUGGGCGAGGCUUUUUUACUCAGACGUUGAGUCUAUCUCUGAGGUGGAGGACGGCGAAGACUUGCUCGCGCGUCUUCAGGGAUCGUUCCUGGCGCUGUGGUGGGAUAAGGAGCUCGGAGAAGCUUUCUGCAAGCUUGAUUGUACUGUCCUGCGCUGGAUGGCCAAGAUAGGCGAUGCGGAGCCCAGCCUGAAGGCGGCCAAGGCAGCAGGCAAGGGCCCAAGCGCUGGUGGCGCCAGGCCGCAAGGAGCGGCCGCCAAGAAGCAGACGAUCGACGAGUUGGUGGUGGUGCUGGCCAAGCUGGUGCUCAGCGACGAGGCGGAGCUCAUGCUGCUCAUCGGCGCCGUCUACGACACCUGGCUGGUGCCGCUCACCUCGCACAUGGUAGAACUGAUGCUCGAGGAGAACCAGGCCUUCAACGCCGAGGCCCAGGAAGCGCGCGAGAAGGAGAAGCAUGAACACAAUAAUGGCAACAAAGACUACGUCAAACCGAAGAUGGCGGCCCCCUUCUUGCGUGUGUUCGCUACGAUGAUCCAGGGCGCGGCGGAGAAGGAAGCGGAGGACAUGGAGUUGGCCGCAGCUCGAGUUCCCGCACUGAAGUACUUCGAGGGGGCGAUUUCGAAGCUCAAGGAGGCCGAGGAGAUGUCGGAUCUGAUCAGGUUCUGCAGGGCGAAGCGCCUGAAAGGCAAUAACAUGGACGGCGAGGAGCUAGUGAAGGUGCAGUUCCUCAUCUCCCACGAGCACGACCUGGCGAAGCCGACCACCACGGCCAUCAGGACCGCGCCGAUCCUCGGGCGGUAUCUGGACGCCGCCCAGCCGCCGUGGCCGGACGACUUCGCGGCGAUGCAAGCCGCUCACGGGCGAGAGCCGCCAGGACGCUGCCGACACCCUGCAGAGGCGGCUAGAGAGCGGCUUCCUCCGCGAGGUGGCAUACCACCGCAGGCAGUUGAGCGGUGGGACCCUCGUGCUCGUGACCGGCGACGUGCAGGGAGCUGGCUUCGUCUGCGGCGUCGGCUUCUCCUCGUCGGAGGCCGAGGCCGAGAUGCUGGCCGCGCAGCAGGCGACGGACCGGAUGGUGGUCCCGGAGGACCCCGUGGCGGAGAUCAAGCACCACCGGAGGGACAACCGGCGACUCAGGCCGAACCACGUGCAGUACCACGUGGCGGAGGUGACCCGCUGCGCGGAGGCCGUGCGCGGGCAUCCGCACCACGCGGGGGCGGAGGAGCCGGCCCGGCACGCCGCGGAGGCGCUGGAGGGCCUGGCUGGCCUGCUGGUGGACGUCCAGGUGGGCGCCUUCUGCCCGUGCGGCACCGCGUGGAUGGCCGCCAUCUCCGCGAAGGCGUUCGAGUCGGUCGUGCUGGCCUCGUCGGCGGACUUCGAGCAGGAGGUGGCGCUGGCCCUGGCGGCCGAGAUGUUCAUCAGCCGGCUCCGGUGGGCCAUCAAGGUGCCCGCCGGGGAUCCCCACGACCCGAAGGAGUGGGCGAGCUCGUGGCAACAGCGCUCUCCGGACGGCAACCCGUGGGGCGGCGUCGUGCGCCGGGCGCCCGGCGAGACCGCCUGGCUCCCCGAGGGCGCGCUGGGCGGUCCCGACGGCGUGGCCAAGCUCGAGGAGAGCUGCUGGGCCCCGCGGAGGACCGUGAGGCCAGGAGCCGCACGCUGCAGGACGCGCUGAAGGCGCGAGCAGCGGCCGCGCGCGCUGCCGGGGACGCCGACCUGGCAGACCAGGGCGUGCGCCCCGCCUUCGCGGAGUACCGGCUCACGCCCGCCUCCGCGGACCCCCGCAG